AUGGAGAGAGUGAUGAACAUCAUAAAGCCAAAGCCUGAUCCGAAACAACUCUUACGUGAGUGGCAACGCAAAUUACGACAGGAGUGUCGUAACAUCGAACGCCAAAUCCGAGAUAUACAGAGAGAAGAAAAGAAUGUACAGAAAGCUAUUAAAGAAGCUGCUAAGCGGAAUGAUAUGGUCUCAGCUAAGGCACUCGCUAAGGAAAUUGUGGGUUCGAGAAGAACCGUAAACCGUCUAUAUGAAAAUAAGGCGCAGAUGAAUUCGAUAUCGAUGCACCUUGGAGAGAGUGUUGCGGUUGCUCGAACAGUUGGGCAUUUGUCGAAGAGUGCAGAGGUUAUGAAGCUUGUUAAUAAUCUCAUGAAGGCUCCACAAAUGGCUGCAACAAUGCAGGAGUUCAGCAAAGAGAUGACUAAGGCUGGAGUUAUUGAAGAGUUUGUGAAUGAGGCACUUGACAAUGCUCUAGAUUCAGAGGAUAUGGAAGAAGAGAUCGAUGAAGAGGUUGAUAAAGUAUUGACAGCAAUUGCUGGAGAAACAGCUGCAGAGCUCCCACAAGCUGUUAGGAAGGAAAGGAUAAAGGUACCUGCACAGAAGGCGAGCACUUCUCGCGAGGAAGAGGCAAUUGCAGAGGGUGUUGAUGAUGAGGAAGAAUUGGAGGAGAUUCGAGCUCGGCUCGCUAAAGUUAGAUCCUAACUGAUUCCAAUGACUCUUUUAUUAAACGCAAUUCUUGAUUUAUCAGAUCAACUUUUGAAAGUGAUGACUAUCUAUCCCAGUGUAUUGUAUAAUAUUAUAAUUGAAAUACCAGGCAUCAAAUUACAUGUAAUCAUGAAUUACCUUUUUAUCGUUAA